UGAAAGUCCCGUACUGGAACCAAAUAAUGCGCUUCUAAUUCAAGAGGAUGGCUAAUAGUUUGUUGAGAUUUGACGCUCACAGCAUUUUAAAUUCAUUUGGACAUAGUACGACGUCGCUGUUCUAGGUAAAUAAUUCUUCUGGUUGGACUGUUCUGUUAUGAACCCCUUAUCACAGCAACAUAGUGUAGCUAGUAUUGGAAGCUUGUUGGGCAAUUUGCCUUUACAAGGAGAUUCAAGUUUACAACAAAAAACUCCACUUAUUUCUGGGGGUUCAGUCAAUCUUAACUUACAUGCGUCUGACAAUGCCGCCAGUAUUCCAGGCAGAACACCUUGUACUCCGCUCACUUUAUCUACUCCGUUGCAAGACCGAGAUGGUGCAAUCCCGGUACCCCAAUUACAGAAUAUUGUAUGUACCGUAUAUUUAGGAUGUAAAUUAAAUUUGAAGAAUAUAGCACUUAGUGCUCGAAAUGCUGAAUAUAAUCCAAAACGUUUUGCUGCCGUUAUAAUGCGUAUACGUGAACCUCGAACAACUGCUUUGAUUUUUUCUUCUGGUAAAAUGGUGUGUACAGGUGCAAAAAGUGAAGAGCAAGCAAGACUAGCUGCAAGAAAAUAUGCUCGUAUUAUUCAAAGGCUUGGAUUUGAAGCUCAUUUCAAAGAGUUCAAAAUUCAAAAUAUGGUUGGUUCAUGUGAUGUCCGCUUUCAUAUACGUCUUGAAGGUUUAGUAUUGUCACAAGGUCAAUUUGCAACGUAAGUUCUUAUGGUGUUUUCUUUUCCUUUACUUAAUAAGGAUGUUUUUUGUGGCAACUUAAAGAACAAUAGCUGAACUAGUAAUUAAGCCUGUUUCAAGGGAGGCACCAAAUACAUAUGCGCCACACAAAUCUCAUCCGAUAUGUGUGAGGGCUGUGAUACUGCCCGGGUGCCCAAACCGAAGCAGGUGGUUUUCUUAGGGGGCCACUCCCCGAGCCUUCGACCUUAAGGUCUAAUCCACAAGGCAGUGGAGCAUCGUAAGGAGAUGCAGUCCCAUGGAAGCCGGUGACCAACAAUUGGUUCAUACGCUAUUUGUUCCCGCAGGAUACUGGAGCCCAUGUGCACCAUUGAUUUGGAAUCCGGUUAAAGCGCCGGACAUUCUCUUGUUUCAGUGUUUAUUGAAACAUUUAGUAUUUUUCCGUCAAUAAAAAACUAGACGAUUUUCCUAUCUGCAACUGUACCAAGUUUUUUCUCUAUAAUAGAAUAUUUACUACUACUCACAAAAUCUUUCUAUUCUCUAUCGUUUUAUGUUUCAAAAGACUUAAGGUUUCUCUCAUUUCAAAUUGAAUAAAGAAACUUGUAUCUGAAUACAAAAUUUACCAUUUAUUAAUCAUUCUGAAUAAUAGAAUGAGAGUAUAGAACCUAAAUCAAUACUCCUAGAAUCCAUUAUCUGUGUUUCACAAUAUGCCAUACAAUUCAGAAUAGCACUUCAAAUAUGAGCCAGAAUUAUUCCCUGGGUUAAUUUAUCGUAUGACUAAACCAAAAAUAGUCUUAUUAGUCUUUGUUUCUGGGAAGAUUGUUUUAACAGGAGCAAAGGUUCGUGAAGAAAUUUAUGAAGCUUUUAAUAACAUUUAUCCAAUUUUGAAAAAUUUUAAAAAAUCUGACAAAGAUCCUAGAGCUCUUACAUCAUCAUCAAAUUAUAUGCAUCCAUUAACUUGAACUAAAUAUAAACGUUCAGUUGUUCUUCGCCAGGAUGUUUGUUUUUUUUUCUUACUAAGAUUUAAAGUAAACCACCGACAUCGUAAAAUACUUUUGUUUCUCAGCUUUUACCAAUUGAAUUAGUUAUAUUAACAGCAUUAAAACUUAACUCUAUGAAACAACAAAUUGUAUAUUUUUUUUCAAAAUUCAUGGUUUAUUUAAACAUUCGACAUAUGAAGAUUUUCUGUGCAUCCCUUACUAUUUUUUCAAGUGUUUCUUUAUUAUCUGUUGACAUUUAAUUUUUGACGUCAAUAGUUUUUGAGUAUUGUAUUUGCUGUUAUUGUGUAUAUUAUUAAAAUUAGUGGUAUUAUUACUACUUGUUGACUUAUUUUACAGUGUGUAAGUACAGUUUAAUGUACUUGACCGUGAACCACACAAUAAAAGAGAUGAUAGCAACCCCGAUGGUUAGAGACCCUGGAUGGCAUGGCUCAAAAUUGUUUGCAAUGGCGCAGGCGCAUCCACUCUUUGUGUUCUCCCAAAUUUUGAUCUCCUUAUUCCUCCUUGUCUUUUUU